ACCACCACCACCGCCGUGCUCUCCCAGUCCCCACAUCCCGCUCCAAGACCUCCUCCUCCAAGCCCGCUCUUCCAUCUCCCCGCACCGACACCACCGGCAAUCCAGCCGCAGCCGCCGGGCCCCGCCCCUCCCUCUUCCAAGAAAUCUCCGGCCUCAUCACCCCUGCCGCCGGCACCGUCAGCGACCCCCCAUUUCAAUCUCGAGUGAAUAGACAGCCGGGGAGGAGCGGCAACGAGGCCCCUGUGCAAUGCACGGAAGGUGUUCGUCCAAAUGCUCCAGAGACUUUUGCCUUUCUCACCGGCAGAGUUCCUGACCAAGGGGUUCCUGACGGCCCUUCUGACAGCCCGGAUGGCAACGCAAAACGCUCUGCCCCGAGCCGGGAAGCAUCAUAUCACGAGGUGGUGGCAGAUGCGCUCGCCCAAGAUCCUGAAAUUGAAAGUGCCCAAGUGCAAAAGAUCACCGAGGUUUUACGGUCAGAGGUGCCAGGAUCAUCGCCUUUCGAGGAGAGGCUGGGGAGCUUGGGGGUCGUGUACACGCCGAGGAUUGUCAACAUGGUGCUCAAGAGGUGCUUCAAGAAGGCGCACCUGGGGCUCAGGUGAAGCUAGGAGUUUUGGGUUGAUGGAGGAGCUGAUGGGCGAGAUGGAUAAGGAGAUGUGCCCCAAGGACAUCAAGACGUGGACAAUUAUCAUAGCCAGUUAUGGGAAGGCAAGGCAGAUCGGCAAGCUGCUGUCUGCAUUUCAUGCUAUGAAGAGAUCUCGUUCCGUGGCAGUAGACACUAGAGUCUACAGGACGAUUCUUCGUGCUUUGUGCAACAAUGCAAGGCAUGAGCUUGCUCUUGAGUUCUACAAGGAUAUGCCCACCAACAUGGACGUCGGAUCUGACAUUCUGCGGCUUCUGUUGUGCUUGCUGGCUGGAUCAAAUAAUGCUGAAGCUGUCUUCAUUAUCAGAGAUGAUAUGGUUAAAAGCGCGAGGUAUCCAGAGGAGUAUUGCUACUUGGAAGCUCUACGGAGCUUCUGUGUCUCAGGAAAACUAGCAGAAGCUCAGAAAGUCUUUCAGCAGAUGAUGAACAAGUCCAUGGAUAGCUCAUCUGCUUUUGAAACCCUCUUGAGGGGGCUGUGCAAAAGCGGAAGGAUGGAUGAAGCUCUUCAGCUAACGGAGCAUAUGAAGAACAGAUCAUCUAUUAGCAGCAUGGCAUUUGGUUUUCUCAUCGAUGGCUACCUCAGGAAAGGAGAACGUACAAAGGCACUUCAGUUGCUGCAGGGAAUGAGAGAGAGUGGUUGUACUCCAUUGGCCUCAUCUUACACUCAGCUCAUGCAGCACCUCUUUACAUCAGAUCAGUAUGAAGAAGCCUGUGAACUGUAUGAGGAGAUGCAGGAAGUUGGUGUUCAACCAGAUAUUGUAACAAUCACAGCAUUGAUAGCCGGGCAUAUUCGCAGUGGACAUAUUUCUGAAGCAUGGGAUAUUCUCAAAAAAAUGAGCGAGAACGGUCAAAGGCCCACAAUUAAAGCUUAUACAGUGUUCAUCCAUGAGCUCUGUAAGGCCUCCAAGCCCCUCGAGUCGUUGGAACUUCUGAAGGAAAUGUUGAAAUUUGACUUCAGGCCUUCUGAAGAAACUUUCUGCGGGAUUAUUUCUUCCUUGCGUGAGAAUAAUUAUCUGGAGGAAGCUAUUAAUGUUGAGAGAAUGCGGGCACCUUUUGAUAUUAGAAAGCCUAAAGGUGAGACAGAAAUCAGAUCAUUAGAGAAAACUGACACAGUUGAUGAGUUUCAGAAAUUAUCCGAGUGUGAACUGGAGGAGAAGAAAAUGAUAUUUGGGUCUGUUGUUCUUCCAUCUGAUAAAGACUCUGAGAUAUCGAGGUGCACACUUCGUGAUAACGAAAAUCACAUCGAACUAACAAAGGACUACAGCGAUGAAGAUGUUGAAGGGAUAUGCCAAAUUCUGUCAUCUUCUGACAACUGGAGCUCAAUGCAGCAGGCACUUGAGAUGAGAUCACUGCAUUUUACACCAAACCUUGUCAAUGCCAUCAUGAAGUGCUGCAAGAGAAAUGGCCAUGCUGCUUUGAAGUUUUUCUCUUGGGUAGGGAAACGACCCUCCUACAUGCACACAACAGAAACGUACAACACAGCUAUGAAACUCGCAGGCUCGGCGAAAGAUUUUAAGCACAUGAGGCACCUUUACAGAGAAAUGGCAUGGGCACAAUGUUCUCCAACAGUGGACACAUGGAAUGUCAUGAUUUGCCAGUACGGUAAUGCUGGUCUCACUGAAAUGGCCCUGGAGACAUUUUAUAAGAUGAAGAAAGCAGGCUUUCAGCCUGCCAGAAGUACUUACAAUCACCUGAUAAUGUAUCUCUGCCGCAGAAAAGGCCGAAAAGUAGACACCGCAAUCAAGAUCUUGAAGGAAAUGAUUCAUGCAGGUUAUAUGCCUGAUAAUGAUGGGCUUUGCACGUAUGUUUCAGCAUUAUGCGAGUGCGGGAUGUUGGUUGAUGCAAGAAGCUCGAUAGUAUCACUAUGUGAACACGGGUUUACUAAACAGAUUGGCUACUCCAUACUCCUUAGAUCAUUAUGCAGGUCUGAUAGAAAGGAGGAAGCUGUCAGUUUGUUUGAUGAUAUGGAGAGAUAUGGCUGCUCCAGAAGUGACUACAUGUAUGGAAGCUUCAUUCAUGCGUUACUGAGGUGGAAUCGCUUUGAAGACGCUGUAGCCAAGUUUGAAGAACUGAAGAAUGCAGGCAUACGUCCAAGCACCCAUAUGUAUACCUCGUUCAUCAUCUACUUUUUUCAGAAAAGAGACGUUGUCAAAGCAAUGGAUAUGUUCAAGGAGAUGGUAAACGAUGGAUGUGAGCCUUCAGUCAUCACAUACUCCGCGUUAAUACGCGGUUACAUGGAAGUAGGCAUGGUUUCAGAAGCCUGGGAUGUCUUACGGCACAUGAAACUGAAAGGACCAUCGCCAGACUUUGGGACCUACUCGAUGUUCAUAAUGUACCUCUGCAAAGCUGGUAGAUCGGAGGAUGGGUUGCAGCUGAUUCAUGACAUGCUGGAUGGUGGCAUCACCCCCAGCGCAGUAAACUUCAGGACUGUUUUUCAUGGCCUGAAUAUGGAGGGCAAGCACAAGCUAGCCGACUCUGUCCUCCAGUCAAAAUGGCAUCUGCGGAGGCAAAGGAGCUUCUCUGAUUCUUCGUCUGUUUAAUCUUGCAGAUGUGCUCACAUACUUGGUUCACUCAAAAUCAAUCUUCAUGAGGAUAAUUUUUCUUUUCUUUAGACAAGCUUAUAUGAUAGGAGCAUCUUGUAAGGAUGAACUGUAAACCUUUUUAGUACCGCAAUAACAGAAGCAUCCUGUUAUUCUCAAAGUUUCAGUAGACGAGGCAUACUAGGAUGCAAAGAUCUCAACAGGAUUAUUUAUUUAUUUAUGCACAUUUGCUAUUCCUCAGUCGUCCAAGAAUAUAAAUUGUAUCAGUCGUUUACAACUGAGGAGAGCAAAGCUUAAUACCAGAGUUUCGUAAACAUUGGUGUUCACAUGCAACACAAGGUUUGUAUACGACAAAUCUCUUUACCUCGGAAGGUGGAUGUUAUAAUGUACAGGCUGCUCUGUGUAACCGUUCAGUCAAACAUUUUAGAUGUUCA